GCUCCAGCAGGCACCUGCCGCCAGCCAGCCAGCCGGGAUCAGGCUGCAGCUCCCGGCGGGGCGGCCCCUCCCAGCGGCAGCCGGAGCCCUGUCCUCCUUUGCAGGGACCUUCCGAGCCAGCCGCCAAGUUGAAGCCCGGCGCUGUGCACCGGGUGUCUGUGGCGGGGCAAGCGCCUGAGCUCCCGGCUGAUGCAUCCACCAGCCGCAGCUUUUCCCCAGACUGGCCACUUGUCUCCACUUUAUAAUCUCUUUCUCUGAGUAGAUCGGAUACCUCCAUGAACAUAAUAAAUGUAUCAGGAAAUGGCAUUGCUCACCGGGAACGCAGAUCCCAAGUUCACUUCGUAUUCCUACAACAAUUUGGAAAACUUGUGCGAGGUACAGACCAAGAAAGGGUUCUUCUACAAAAAAGCCAAGCUUCUUCACCCUGGGGAAGACUUGUGCUGCUUGGCCCAUCUAGAGGACCGAACCAGGCAUGUGAUCAUCAAUGUAGGUGGCAUUAAAUACAGGAUUCCGUGGACCACACUGGAGAACUGCCCUUUGACCAGGCUUGGAAAACUAAAAUCUUGUAACAACUAUGAUGAGAUCAUGGACAUCUGUGAUGAUUAUGAUGUCAGCUGCAAUGAGUUUUUUUUCGAUCGUAACCCUUGUGCCUUCAGGACCAUCAUGACUUUCCUGACAGCUGGGAAGCUGAGGCUUCUAAGGGAGAUGUGUGCCCUCUCUUUCCAAGAGGAGCUAGUGUAUUGGGGGAUAGAAGAGGAACACCUGGAGUGGUGCUGUAAGAAAAGAUUGCAACAGAAGGAGGAGGAGGCAGCCGAGGCCAUGCUGUAUGAGAGGGAGAUGAUGGUUAAUGAAACGCCGCAGCGUGCCUUCCAGGACAAUAGCCGUUUGGGUUUGUGCAUGAGAAAGCUCAGGGAUAUGGUAGAGAACCCUCACUCUGGGAUCCCAGGAAAGAUCUUUGCUUGUAUAUCAGUCUCCUUUGUUGCCAUCACUGCAGUCAGUCUCUGUAUCAGCACCAUGCCAGAUCUCCGAGAAGAGGAAGAUAGGGGUGAAUGUUCUCAGAAGUGCUACGACAUCUUUGUGUUGGAGACAGUUUGCGUGGCUUGGUUUUCCUUUGAGUUCCUCCUGCGCUCCAUUCAGGCAGAAAGCAAGUGUGCCUUCCUGAAGACCCCCCUCAACAUCAUCGACAUCUUAGCCAUCUUGCCUUUCUACAUCUCUCUGAUAGUGGAUAUGGUCUCUGCCAAAAACAGCAACAGGAAGCCUGGCAGUGGAGCAGGAAACAAAUACUUGGAGCGAGUGGGCCUGGUUCUACGCUUCUUGCGGGCUCUCCGAAUCCUGUAUGUCAUGAGACUGGCACGCCAUUCGCUGGGACUGCAGACACUGGGACUCACGGUGCGCCGCUGCACCAGGGAAUUUGGACUCCUCCUCCUCUUCCUUUGUGUUGCCAUGGCGCUCUUUUCUCCACUGGUUUAUUUGGCAGAGAGUGAACUGGGAGCCAAGCAAGAAUUCACUAGUGUUCCCACCAGCUAUUGGUGGGCUGUUAUCUCCAUGACAACUGUAGGCUAUGGAGACAUGGUUCCUCGGAGCAUCCCAGGACAGGUAGUAGCCCUGAGCAGUAUCUUGAGUGGUAUUUUGCUGAUGGCUUUUCCGGUCACUUCCAUCUUUCACACUUUUUCCCGCUCCUACACAGAGCUAAAGGAACAGCAGCAGAGAGCUGCAAGCAGACAGUUGCACCAGCUAGAGGAAGCCCCAAAUGCUGACAGUUCUCAGGGAGUGGGUACCUCCUCCCCACUAGACGCAGAUGGGGCGUGGCGUCAGCCAGCAAUGAACCAGGAAGACAAGAGGAGAUGUUGAUUGCAAGCAACUAAAAGAUUUAGCCAGCAAAUGAGAGUUCCAGAUCUGAAACAAAACCCUAUGGAACUAACAUAAAUCUGGGUAUUUUAACAGUGAGACCAGUACAAGAGACUGUCCUUCUUGAGUAACUUUUAUCUUAAGAGAGCACCCUAAAGUGUGUCUAAAAACAACGUGGGAGUACAGUUCUGCUCCCUCUUUCGUAGAAGGCCACUUUAAUUAAGCAACUGAUUUUGGAUAGCCCCCAAGGAGCAGUUGCUUAAGCCAGGUUUCCACUGUGUCUGCUAACAAGAAAAAAUAAAUUUGGAGAGAGAAUUCAUCCUAAGGGCCCAUUACCGGGAGAAAGAAGGGUGCCAUUUACUGUACAUAAGCUUCCUGGUGGCCCUACUCUGUGCUGAGAAUGUCCCCAAACCCUUAUUCCCUAUGCACAAUGGAUGCAAUUUACAUGGCACCCCUAUGGGGUGUACAUCUCAAAAUGUAAAGGGGAAAGUUGAAAGAUGGGGGAGAGAGGCCUGCCUUGGCCAGCAGAAGGGCAAAUUUAUCCCUAUUCCCUUGUCUUUUAAUAAAUAGUGAUUUUAUUUAUUUAUUUAUUUAUUAAAUUGGGACCCAUCGUCUGGGCUACCUGCUGACUUGCGCUCUCGCUCUUUAUGCAUUAUUUAGUAAACAUGCAUAUCUACAACUAUAGGCUUUGCACUUGAGCCCUGAGGACAGAAAUAUACAUGGACAACCUUGUUAAUGACACUGAAUGUCAACUUGUUUUCCUUUGCUCACCUUUGCAUAUUGCUUAAAAAAAAGAGAAAAAAAGG